CGGGUGAUGUUAUGAAACGUCAUUGGACAGACCAGCACACGCCUUCCAGCCACUUUGCAGGAAGCAUAACAGACGACAAGGUGAUCCAUGUGCGUCUGAUUGACUUCAACACAGAAGCAUGCUGACUGCACAGAGGGCAUGUGCAGCGAUGGCUGCCCGGCGCCUGGUGAGAGCGUCCGUCUCCUCAGCGCACACGCACCACUCUCUGCUCCACACCUCCGCACCGUGUCGGGACCAGGACGAGCUGCAUCCUGAGUGGGCCAGACUGGCCAAGAAGCAGCUGAAGGGGAAGAACCCGGAAGAUCUGAUCUGGCGCACGCCUGAGGGACUCAACAUAAAGCCCGUGUACACCAAAGCAGACUCAGCCGACAGGCCGGAUGAAUUGCCAGGAGUCUUUCCCUACACUAGGGGGCCCUAUCCUACCAUGUACACCAACAGACCGUGGACCAUCAGGCAGUACGCUGGCUUCAGCACUGUGGAGGAGAGCAACAAGUUCUAUAAAGAUAACAUCAAAGCCGGACAGCAGGGCCUUUCCGUGGCGUUUGACCUCCCAACCCACCGCGGCUACGACUCGGACAACCCCAGAGUCCACGGUGAUGUCGGCAUGGCUGGAGUUGCCAUAGACACAGUUGAAGACAUGAAGAUGUUGUUUGAUGAGAUCCCACUGGAGAAGAUGUCCGUUUCAAUGACAAUGAAUGGAGCCGUCAUCCCUGUGCUGGCGAUGUUCAUCGUGACUGGAGAGGAGCAGGGCGUGUCUAAAGCCAAACUAACUGGAACCAUUCAAAAUGACAUUUUGAAGGAGUUUAUGGUACGCAACACGUAUAUUUUCCCCCCGGAGCCUUCCAUGCACGCCAUCGCAGACAUCUUCGCCUACACCUCCGAGCACAUGCCCAAGUUCAACUCCAUAUCCAUCAGUGGCUACCACCUUCAGGAGGCUGGAGCUGAUGCCAUCCUGGAAGUAGCCUACACCAUCGCUAACGGCCUGGAGUACUGCCGCACUGGUCUGAAAGCAGGCUUAACCAUCGAUGAGUUCGCCCCAAGGUUGUCAUUCUUCUGGGGUAUUGGGAUGAAUUUCUACAUGGAGAUUGCCAAGCUGAGGGCCGGCCGGCGACUGUGGGCCACGCUCAUUAAAGACAACUUCCAGCCCAAGAAUACCAAGUCCCUGCUCCUCCGCACACACUGCCAGACUUCAGGCUGGUCUCUCACCGAACAAGAUCCGUACAACAACGUGGUCCGCACAGUGAUCGAGGCCAUGGCAGCGGUGUUCGGGGGCACCCAGUCGCUUCACACCAACUCGUUCGACGAGGCUCUGGGUUUGCCCACGGUGAAGAGCGCCCGCAUCGCCAGGAACACCCAGAUCAUCAUCCAGGAGGAGUCGGGCAUCCCCAAAGUCGCCGAUCCCUGGGGGGGGUCGCACAUGAUGGAGGCUCUCACGGACGACGUCUAUAACAAAGCUUUAAAGUUCAUUAAGGAAAUUGAAGAGGUGGGAGGCAUGGCCAGAGCCGUGGCAGAGGGAAUCCCUAAACUUCGUAUUGAGGAAUGUGCUGCUCGCAGGCAGGCCCGCAUUGACUCAGGAUCAGAGGUCAUCGUCGGGGUGAACAAGUACCGUCUGCAAAAAGAGGAGACCGUGGAGGUGCUUGCUAUAGAUAACACUGCUGUGCGUCAGAAGCAGAUUGACAAACUGAAAAAGGUGAGAGAAAGUCGUGACCCAGAGGCAGCUACAAAGUGCCUGGCAGCCAUUGAGGAGUGUGCCCGAACCGGGGAGGGCAACCUUUUGGGCCUGGCCGUGGAGGCGUCACGAGCCAGAUGUUCGGUCGGUGAAAUAACUGAUGCCAUGAAGAAAGUGUUUGGCGAACACAAGGCCAGUACCAGGAUGGUGAGCGGCGCUUACCGCAGUGAAUACGGCGAGCAUGAAGAGAUCUCCGUGACCCUCAAUAGAGUUGCAGAUUUCAAGAAGCACGAAGGUAGGAACCCUCGACUGCUGGUGGCAAAGAUGGGGCAGGACGGUCACGAUAGGGGCGCCAAAGUCAUCGCUACAGGGUUCGCUGACCUGGGCUUUGAUGUGGACAUCGGACCGCUGUUUCAGACUCCUCUCGAGGUCGCCCAGCAGGCGGUCGAUGCAGACGUGCACUGCGUCGGGGUCAGCACGCUCGCCGCAGGCCACAAGACCCUGGUCCCGGUGCUCCUCAAGGAACUGCGGAAGCUCAAUAGACCAGAUAUCCUGGUCAUCUGCGGAGGCGUCAUCCCACCACAGGACUAUGAGUUCCUGUACCAGAGCGGCGUCUGCGCCAUCUUCGGCCCAGGAACCAGGAUCCCGCAGGCUGCAGUGGAGGUGAUAGACAGCAUUGAGAAGAGCCUGGAAAGCAUCCGGCAGGCCAUGUGAACUCACACUACGACCUGAAGAACUGUGUAUUCAUGCUGUAUCAACCACAAAAGCCACAAGUGCGAGCUCACACUUUUGUACAGAAUCUGUGUCCCAUAAGAUUGUAGACUUUAAAAAGUUAAAACGCAGAAUUUACAGCAGUCAAAAAGAUUAAAUUUUUUUUGAUAUUGUAUUAACAUUGCAAUUUUAGGACAUUUGGUUUGAAUAAUUAAUAGUUUCCUCACAGUUUGCCAAUUUCGGUCUUGUAACUUCACAAAAAACAAAGGUAACAUCAUAAACAUUGUGUUUGGUUUUGCUCUUUGACUGUAUAACUUAAAAACUAAAGAAAUCUUGACCCCGAUAACCUCUGUGAUCAGAUAAAUGUUGAUUUCAGCCUUUGCACACUUGCCUGUGUGUGUGUGUGUGUGUGUGUGGUUACAGGUUUAUUGAUAUCCUGUAAAUAUCCUAGAAAUGCUAGAAUAUGAGUGGAAUACUUUAAUAUUUCUGACUGAAAUCAGACUAUCAAACAAUCACUCUUACACUUCAUUUAAUUAAAUUAGUAUAUGCAAAAAAAACAUAAUACAAUUCCAUGUGAGUGAAACAAUGGCUUCAGAUGGGAGCACUUUUUUUUUGUUGCAUCCAAGAUGAAACAUUACAUCACCGCACUAGAAAAGCUACUGCGAUUGUAUUGCUUUUAUUGUCAAAUGUGUAUAAUUUCCAAUUACGUAGCAGGGUGUUAUCAGUGCCAGUUUGUUGGAGAUGUUUAGGUAGAAAUUCACAUCAAAACAAACCUCUCAUCUCCCCUGGGUGUUGUGUUAAUGGAUAUCACUAUCUUGAAAGUGGCCUUCUUUUGUUCUCACGCCCCUCUAGCAUCAUGUUUAAUUCAACUAGCUUCAGCUCGGAGAUAAAACUACGGAACAGUGAUCGCAAUCUAUUCGGAAAUAGUAUUUUUUGUACAUGUGACACUGAAUCAGAUUUAAGCGAUCUUUGGUCUCAAUAAAGUAUGGGAACUUUGGAAAUGUGACUUUGCCUAAAGAUAAUGUGAAUUAUCUUAGAAAUUCAAUCAUUUUUGGAAAUAAAGUGGGUGA